GAAUGUUUCGUACGUAUAGUAUGGUUUGUCGGAAUAACGCGCACGACAGAAAGCUCUUGAGUAAAUCGUGUCAGCAAAAAAGAUAAAUAAAUACCAAAAAGCGAAAAACACGGAGAGACCAAUACUCCGCAUUAUAUUAAUAUAAUAAGGUGCACAGUUGAAUCUCUACGAAUCUAGGGGAGUGCGAACUGAGCGCGAUAAUGUUUUUCUUUCCCCACUCCCGCACACACGCACGUUUGGACUUGUGAGGAAAAAAAUUAAUCGCACGAUUUUACAGGAUCUUUUCUGCUGAUCGUGCGGAGAAAAAAGUAAUAAUUUGUGAUCUCGAGUGCUUAGGAAGAAUAUAAAAUAACGCAAUCUGUUUUAAAAUCGCGUCUGUGAUGGAAAAGAUAAGAAGCAACGAAAUGUACAAGUGUGAUUUCAAAUACGAGAAAACGUUUGUACUACGAAGUAAAUGAACUGACGAGUAUACACAAGGGCAAUCAAGGUCCAAUGGUUUCUGUGAGAUUGGUAACCGCGGACAGCUAUCAGGCUCAACCAUUGCCUCAGCUGGAUCCGUCUUUUUCAGAAUUUCGUGGUUCUGAAAUCAAACAUGUUCCAGUUAUCAGAAUAUUUGGUACCACAAUGGAUGGUGAAAAAACGUGUUUACACGUUCAUGGUGUAUUUCCAUAUCUUUUUGUCCCCUACACAGGGGAGGAAGAUCCCCAGAUCUUAGCCUACCGCUUGGCGGCGUCUUUGGAUGCUGCCAUAAAUGUUUCGCUGGGUUCAGCAACGUCGAAUGUGCAACAUGUUUAUUCCAUACAAAGAGUGUCUGGAACUCCAUUUUAUGGUUACCACAAAAAGGAACACCAGUUUUUUAAAAUAUAUUUUUAUAAUCCAGCAAUGAUAAAACGAGCCGCUGAUUUGCUGCAGAAUGGAUCAGUGUUGAACCAAAGUCUUCAGCCGCACGAGGCCCACAUUAAUUACAUUCUCCAAUUCAUGAUGGACUACAAUAUUUAUGGGAUGAGCUUUGUGAAUUUGCGAUCAGUGAAGCAUCGUCGAGUGACGCAAACUCUGGGUGUCUUGGCGUCUUCCGGUCAAAGCGUGUCUUCGGAAAAUAGUGAAAUUAUUUAUUUACCGAUGGAAAUUGAGCGACAGAGUACUUGUGAGCUUGAGAUUGACGCACAUGCCUCGGACAUACUGAACAGGCUCGAAAUCGACAAAAAUCUCGAAUUGAAUCCCGGUCUUGCGGCUAUUUGGGAUGAAGAACGUACCCGAAGAGCCCAAGCGGGCUUCCAGGGUGGAGAUUCUCAACUCGUCAAUCCCAAAAGUCCAGCCAGGCCACCGUUCCAUCCUACUGACAAUGAUAUUUAUCAAGACCAGAGACUCGUCCGUAGACUAUUAAUGAUAUCACAGAGUGACGAUAGUACAUUGUCAACAACUCCGGAUCGUUCGGUGGCGUAUGCAGCAGAAGUUCGCGAUGGAGAGAAUUUAUUGAAUGCUUCGUGGGUCCCGAACGUGUCGGUAGAGAGGAUCGAAAGGAUGAGUAGAGAUCAGAUCGAAGAUUCGUUAGAAAAUCCAAGUUUUAUAGAUGUCUCGAUGAUGCCGGGGAGUCAAAUUUUAACGCAGGAGCACAGUAUUCUGGGAGUGGACGAUAUGCCAUUGGUCGAUCUUCUAGCUCAAUUAGCCGGAGAAAAUGAGGAGAACUGUGAGAUUGUGGACUCGGACAGUUUGCUAGGUUCUCAGAGGUCGGUUCUAUUGGAUGAAAGUGAUAAAAUCGAAAAAGAAGACGAGGAUGAGGACGAAGACAUUGAAGAUUUGAAUUUAACGUCUUUGGAUUUGGAUUCUUUAAGUUCUUUCGAGAAUGUGAGUGAGAAGCAAGGAGUGAGAAAUUCGGGGAUUGAAAAAAACGAGACUAACGCACUGAUCGUUAGUCCAUUCUUAUCGCCCUGGGAGGAGACUCCUUCAUGUUCGCCAAAAUCCAUGGACGACGUUGGGGAGGCUAAUGAUUUGCAGCAUCGAUUGCCACAAUACGACGGAGCCGGUGACGUGUCACCGAAUCUUUUGCGUUCGGGUGAUGAGGACAAAGAGGAAAACACGAACAAUGCCAAAGAGUUAGAUCGUUUGUCAGAUUUUAAUUGUUCGAGGGAAGCAACAGAUCCACGGACAGCUUCAAGAGUCAACGACGCUGCGAAGGAAAACACGCAAAUGAGUUUAACACCGAAUAUAACGAGUCCUUUGGAAAUUGCUAAAAAUACGGAGUCAUUUCAGAAUUCUUCUGCUCAGCAAGAAGUUUUACCCGAGGAAACGUGCUCAGAGAUCGCGGACAUGUGUGUCGGACACUAUUGCGUAGUUGGCUACGAACCUUUCGAUCGUAUGCUCGAAAUGGGGAACGAUUUGAUACCCGAUCUAGCGGACAUGCAAUCCUCCAUGGAAAUCGAUAUAUUGAUGUCGAGAGAAGACUCCGAAAAGGCUGAAUCGAUAGGGGAAAUAAGCAACGUGCAAAAUAUUAUUUUGGAAACGGUACUAAACGGCGAUCCUUGUUUCACUGAGAGCGCCGAAGUCGAUAAAUCUGAUGUGACGGAAUUACACGAUCAAUACGUCAGUUUGUUGGGCAAUGCACUUUUACCCGAUCUUCCUCGGAUCAACAACGACCUCGACGAAGCUUCGACUUUCACGGAAAGGCAAUUUGGCACUAUCGAUAAAGCCAGCGAAGUUUCCUCGCAUUCGCGUUACGAAUGCACCGCGAUCGGCAGCCCAGACAGUUCCUCGUCUUCAGAAAACGUAGCGCCGAAUGUACAAAAGCGCCAUUUCCAUGAACUUCCACACCCCAAAACAAACGAUGUAAUCGACGACUGCGAGCCUUCGAGUUGCAAGGAACAAACGAGACUCGCUAAUGAUACGGCCGAUUACAACUGUAACGUCGUCGCGACGUGGGCCGAAUUACAAAAUUUACAAAUCAUCGACAAAUCGGAAGACGGACGAACGAGGAGGAAAAAUCGAAAACUACUCGCCGGUCCUCGAUCGAUGAAACGUCGCAGCGUUCCUCGAUUCCGUUCCAACAACGUAACUAGUCAGGUAUUUCGUGAAAACAACACGGAAAAAAUACCAUUUAUCGUUUCCAACGAUCCUCCAUGCUCCCUUCAACAAUCUUCCCAACAUUCCGUAUCCGAAAAUCCUAGUAACGUCAUUACGUUAAUUUCUGGCAUGGAAGAAAACACUACGGAGCAAACAAGAAUUGUUAUUGGUAACGAUUCCGAACAACUGUGUUCAUUACUGACUGUUCCCAAAACUUCUCAAUUCUUAAAUGAAGAUUCGAGCGAAAAUUUACCUACAACACCCGGAACGGAUAAUAUCGCUACGGAUACUCAGCCGGUCAUAAGCUCGGAUGAUCGAUCGGCUGAGAUAACGAGCGAAGUACCAGCUUAUAGCCUCACUGAGAGCUUCGUUGUAUCUUCUCUCGGCGACUGCAAUGGAACCUCCCUAAAUCAUAUUCAAAGUGUGGAGGGCGCUUUGAGCAUCGAUUGUAUCGAUAACGAUGAAUCAAUAAACAUCGGAACUUCCUUCUACUGUUCAAAACGUUCAGAUAAUCUUCCUGACGACGAAGAUCGUCGUCACCGGCACUGCGUCAUUUCGCAAUUCAACAAAACUAUUCAAAGUCACGUAUUCACGAGCGACGAACUGUGGAUUAUUCAUAAUAAGCAAAGCCGAAGAGGUACUGGAACUCGUGCUAAAUUUGAUUCAACUGAAACCGUGUGUACGAGCCAAGUUUGCAAACUUCCGGUAGUUCCACUUAAAAAAGUUGAGCAAAGAGCCAACGACGAAAUUAUUGAUGCCGCGGAAAGCCACGAGAUUGUCGUCGACAAAGAAAGCGCAGAGAUCGUAGCUGAAAAGGUUUCACCGGAGAAUUUCCCUCAGGAAAAUUUGAGCGAAAAGAAAGAAAGUCCAGAAAAUGUAUCGUUACCGGUAGCAAUUCCAACGGAAAAGCAAAACGUCGAUGUACCAAAUGAAAAACCGAAAAGAAGGCGCAGGAAACGAGAACUUGCUCUCUUAACGAGUAACAAGCCUCCUUCCGAGGAGCCUGCGAACAUUGGAUCGUCAACGAGCACCACUGAAACAAAAUUGAACAAUGCAGUGCCGGAAGAUUGCUCCUCGAACAAUUUGCAACACACCGGUGAAUACGACGAGCUCAAUCGACUUAAACGUGGCACCUAUAACACUCGAAGACGUCCAAUCGUUGAAAAUUUGGCCAGACAACGUCGAAGAAUUGCCAAAAAGUUCAUUGAAAGUGAGGAUGAAACCGAGAAGAAAGCAAAACCGAAAGUAAGAAAGGAACCGAAACUUCCGGGGAUACCAGGAAUCCCCAAAGAAAUGCCUGUAAAACGGCGUCGAUCGAAAAAGAACAAACUCGGUAAGCCCAAGGACUCACAAGACACUGAGGCAUUAGCAAAAGUCGAAGAGCCCGCGCAAGAAACUCCAAAAAAUUCCACAAACAAUGCGUUCAGAAAGGCUCAAAUAAACGGUUUUGUUUCAACGAAGCAAAACGUGGAAAUUUCACAGGAAAAAAGCCAAAACAGAAACCUCGAGUCGGAUCUGACGUCACCGAUAAUACCAAAGAAGAAGUCGGGUCGAAGACGUCGUAGGAAAAAUUCAGUUUCCAAACAUUCAUAUACUUCAUCGAUAACCGAAAUCCCCGAAGAACCGGAAAGAGACAGAGAACCUCGCGGGGUUUGCGAUCCGUCCAUAUCACCAGAAACAGCAGCGCUCUCCUCAAUGUUGCAGAGCGCAAAACCAAGCAGCAUGCGCACAAAAAUAAAAUUGCUGUUACGAAAAAGGAUAAAUGAAAAAAAUGGUGAUACAGUCGAAAGGAAGUUUACGAUCAAAACGUAUCCGCGGGAGGAGAAAAAGGUUGUUUCUGAUCGAGUCUCGGAUGAAUCGAGCCCAGAAAUUUUGAACCGUGAGCCUCCUGAUCCGAACGAUACAGCACCCGAAGCAAUUUUAAAAGAAAAAGAAAAUCCUGUUCUUUCAGAUGCGCCCUCGUUCGAAACUGUGACCGACAGCAGUACUGACAUGUUUGAAAAAACUCAGGCUUCAAGCGGAUCGCUUGAAAACGUUAGGAACUUCGAUGGCACAACUUCAAUAAUCGAGUACUGCGAUCCACCUGCCGACAUUUUUGACAACGAGGCGAGCGUCGACUCCGUGAUCAACGGGACUCAGGACGUCACGGAAUUUUCAAACGGUCCUGAAAAAUCGGUUUACGAUACCGAUCGCUACGAAAACGCUAUAAAAGAGGCGAAUUUCUUCGCUGGCAAAGAUUACAGCAUCGACGCCGUGUCCAACGAAAUUCCAACGUGCUUAUUCGAGGAAGAUUCCAAUUCAACCGACAAACGUUUAUCGAAAAGAACGAACGACGAUUUCGAUGACAACUUGCUUGAUUAUUCCAUUCCUCGCGACGUCGAAACUAUCAGCGAAUUGAGCGUCGAUCCACGCGACUUGGACGUUUACGACGUUCAAAGCCUCACCUCGAGCAGCUCCAUUUCCAAUCUCGAUGAAACCAACGACAUGUCCGAAUCUUCACAACAUCUAUUUCACGAUUACGAGACCAGGAUCCCUCAUGCUGAUACACACGACCUAGCCAACCAUGAAAAUUCAUCGACUGAAUCAAUUUUGAAUGCGAGCUCCGAGAAAACUGCUACCGAAGAUUAUUUCAACGGCGAAAAAGUGUCGUCCUCUUCCAAACACCUUCGUGACUCGCAAAUCGUCUUGUCAAUCAGCCCAUUAAUCGAGAACGAAUUGACUGUACAUCCGAAAAGCGGAGAUCCAAAGAACCAAAAUACUCCGGGGAAUACUUCAAAAAUUACUCGAAUUGAAAACGUUCCGAACACAGUUGAAAAUUAUUUGGAACAAGUCACUUCUGUUACAAGUGAGAAUUCACCAAUUUCAAUAACUCGUGAAAAAUCUCCAAAUCCUCCAAUAAACGUUUCUUCUGAAACUGUUGAAAGUUUCUUCAAUAAUCUUUCUCACGAAAAGUCCGGAGAAUCUUUGGAAAUCAUUUCUGCUGGAACGUUUGAGAAUUCUUAUGAAAAACCAAUUUCGAUAACUCCGCUUCCUGCGGUUGAAUCACACAAAAUUUCAGAAACAAAUAGAGAAUUGAACAGUCCCGUGCACCAUUCGACAGCGCAAGCUGCUAAUGAUCUCGGAACUGAACGGGAAGUUUUGCAAGCAAACGAAAAGGAAAGUUCAACUGAUACCGACCGAAAUAUCAAUUUCCCAGAAAAUAUGGAAAAAAAUGAACCGCUUCCGACAGAUGUUAAAAAUAAAAAUCUUUCCUUGAAUCCGGUGAAGCUGAAAGACGAGUCAACUGUUAUCGAGGAGUGUGAAAAAAUGUUGAAAACUAUAGAACCUAAAAAGGAAAAUCGGAUUCCCGCUCAAAAUGAUCAAGAGUUUCAGCGAAAAACUAAUGCAGGGCGUCAGCUGCGAUCGUUGACCACAAAGGGAACGAACCCUUCGGACAACGCAGUGGCGAAUCAACAUACAAAAACUUGCGGAGAAGGUCGAAAACUUCCGAGAAGUUCAGAACGUCGCAAUAAGUCGUCAGUUUUGUCUGUAUCGGGGCCUUUGCUGAAGAAUAGCGGUAAACAUUUUUCGCAAAGGUUCCAACUGGAUAUUCGACCGUCUGAAACCUUGGUGAUAACAAAAUUUUCGGAAAGUCCCAAAGUAAGUCGGGAAUUGGAAAGCACUUUUGAAAAUAAACUUGCUGAAGAGAACGAACUAUUUUUAUCAGCAUUUGAAGAGAAAAGUGAACGUUCAGCGACCACCGAAAAUGGCUUGGAAGUUGCCAACAUUGCAACAAUAGGAACACGAUCAUCGAUGAUCAGCAAUUCUACGGAGUCUUUUAGAAAAGUUGAAAAGGAAAAGGAAUUACGAGGAACUGCGGAGAAAAAUCAAACUUCAGCCACAGUCGUGCAAUUUCCAUCGACCGAAAGCGGAGACGAACAUCGUCGAAGCACUGAAAAAAUAAUUGUCAGAGAAUGCAAGCGUUCGGAUGAGCAACCGGAUUCAAAAGUCGAAAAAACAGAUGAAAAAUGUGAAAAUGUUGAAUUUAACGUUCGUUCGGAAAACAACGGCAUCCAAGAAAAUACGAAAAACAUUUCAGUCGACAUAAAUAAAAAUGAUGUUGUAGCUACUCCGGAAAGGGAAAAUCGUGAGUCAAAAAUUCCACAAGAACGAAAGGAAUAUCGACCUUUUUCGAUCAAAGUAAACGUUGAUUUGGCAAAAAUUAGUUGUCUCUCACCAAACUUAUUGCUACUCCAACAGAAAAAUACUGCAACAGAGAAAGAAAAAUUAAAGGAACAACGCUCGGAUAAUCAUGGUUCAGAAAAAUUGAGAGAACAGUCGACCAAAGUCAAUGAACGAGAUGAGUCGAACGAGAAGUUGUUCAAAAUUGAAGGAAAAGAAAAAUUAGAUGACGAGUCAUCCACGGGGAACGAAUCGGAGGAAAUUUCUGAAUCAUCCGUCGAACCAAUGAGUUCUUAUACGUCAGACGUUGAUAAUUUCACAGACCCGGAAACGUUAGACAGUGUGGAAAAGCAAAUCCGAAAACGGAGAAGAAGAAUUGCCAAAAACACGAGAAUACCGGAAAGACGAAGUGUGCGAAUUUGUGCGGAAAUGACGUUGAAACUGUGUCAGGAGGAAAGUUCAACGACAAUUCCGACCGAGGCUGUGAAAGAAGAAAUGCCAAAAACUGUAGCAACCACAGAUUCGGAAGAAGAAAAAGCAGAAAAUGUAAGAAAAAUCACCGAAGCGCCAACGCGGCCUGAGGCAAUAUCUCCCGUCCAGGAAUCAAAAACUCGAGUUUCUCAGGAUCUUAUUUUGGCGGAACAAACGUUAAUGGACGGGAAUUCAGCACCGGUAAAAACAAAGCGAGGAGAAUCAAGAAGAAAAAUAUUGCAAACGAAUUGCCAGGAAAUGUUGAAAAUAACGGAUGAAAAUACAGCCCCGACUUUCGAUAACCCUGCAAGAAAGAUGUCGCGAAUAAACGUCCAUGAAACUGUGGAUGAUUUAAAAUCUUCCAAACCAAUGGAGAAAAAAGUUGUUGAAAACAUGCCACCGGAAAUAGAGGUCCAGCCAGUAGAUUUACCGCUGAAAAUUUCGGAGACACAAGUAGAGUCUGAAAAUUCAAUUUCUCCGAAACGGUUUCGGAGGAAUAUGAAUCAAGGCUUAACUCCAUCAGUGGUUCCUCCGCAGGCGACAGGUUCUUUGAACGAUAAAUUGAAAAAUGUUUUCGUCUUGGAUAAGAAUGAGGAAUCUCGCAUAGAGCCAGAAGCGGUGGAAGAACCUGAUCAAAAAAUCAAGAAGGAAUUUACCCAAAACAAUAGAACCAAACAAAACGUUGGAAAAAAUGUUAACGUCAUGACCAAAAUUCCGUUGUUGACUAAGCUCGAUUUAUCACGAGAAAAAAUAAACAGCCUCAACAAUCCGCCCGUUAGAAAAAGAGGUCGUCCGAGGAAUGAAACCAAAAACGUCGCACAAAAACCAUCAGCCGAAAUAAGUUCACCUGCAUCGGUGGGAUCUCGGAUAGGAACUUUGGACGAGCGAUUGGUGGCCGAAGAUAACGUUCAAUCGUCGAAAAGUAAUUUACCAGAUUUAACGAGAUCUGAAAGAGGAAAAAUAGGCGUUAGGAGGAAGCACACAAGACUUAAGGAUACUCCUGGGAAAAAUUCACUGGACAGUAAUCAAUGGGAGUUUACGGAAGAACCCUUAGAAUCGAAAUCUUCGAUGAGUCAAACAUCAAACAAAUCACAGAGCGAAUUAGAAAUUUCAACUCCUCGGAGACAUCGUUCGACCAAAAUUCUCCAUACAAAUUCGCACAAAAUAUCUUCAGCACAAACGGCCACGAAUAAAAUCUCACUGAAAGUCGUUAAAACUACGUCGGAGGUAGAGAUACAAAAAAAAUCGAAGAAGGCGCACACAAACAUGAAACAAGCAAAAGGUCUCGAAGGAAAGACUCAAGAAAAAAGGAAAAGAGGACCAGGAAGGCCGAGGAAGAUACAAGGGAGGUCUAGGAAAAGAGUACAUUUUGACGAAGACUCCAUUAGAAGCACUGAAUCUCGGCUGACUACGGAGUCAUCGUCGGACGAUGCAACUUUUGUUAUUCGUGUCAAAAAAUAUUACAAGAAAUCCGAAACCAAUUGUUCAUUAGUUCCGACAAAACGCAAUUUGAGUGAUGGACUGAAUGUGACAAGUUUGUACGGAAGGUUGGCAUGUCGUAAAAAAGACGUAAACAGAGUCUCUAGAAAUGUUGAACCGGUAGACUCGGAACCUGAACAAAAAGUCUUGCAGGCGGUAAAAUUAGUCUUGAAACAUGCGAGAAAAUGGGAUGAUUGCCACGACUCAAAAUUGAGCCAGCAAAGUGAAAUUACGUCAAAUAGUCACACGAAAAUUCAAUUGAAGAAGCCAGUGAUUCGACUGAAGAGAUUGACUCGAAAAUCGUUGAAACUUUAUGGAAUCGUUUACAAUCCGAAAGAAAAGAAAUUUCUAAAAAUGAGCUCGAAAGCUGAAAGAAUAUUCGUAGAGGAGGCGGAAGCAGACGGAGAAGAAUUUCGAGUGCCAGCGUACGACGGGGCAGCGGAUUUAUCUUCGAGCGAAGAAGAAGAAGAUCCAGACGUAACGAUCGCGAGGGAGGAAAAACGCGUUUGCACGUACAGUUCAUCGAAAAAAAGUGUAUCCAAGGGCGAAACCGUUGUAAAAACACCGUUAAAGAGAAAAUUGGAAAUGGAGGUGGAAGUCUUGAGCCCGAAGCGACAAGUUCUUGGUAGCAAGCUUCAUAGCGAAACACCAAAAAAAGGAUCUUUCAAUUCGCCACACAGGACAAGUACGUUGAAGACUCCCGGUCGUAAUCCAGCAAAUUAUUCACCUCUGAAAAUAAUUGUCACAUCUCCCAAGGUACGUAAAGAUAAACUCGAACCGAAACAAUCCUGUUCGGGGAAACUGGAUGACGAGGUCAAAGCAUCCUCCUCGGACACGACACCCAGUCGAAAAAACUCUCGUCUGCACGACACCAUGCUGCGGGGGAGGAUUAACAGUGUCAAAUCAUCGCUGUGCGAAUUAGGAGACGAGCGUGCGAGCGUGGGUAAGGUGGGAUCAAAGGCGGUCGGUGAGUUGGACGAGAUACGAUCCAUUGGACAAAUAAAUGAUGAGAUGAGCCACCUUUCACCGAGACUUCAACGUUCGGGAAUGUUACUUGAAAUUGGUAAAGAUGUAAGGAAGAAACUCUCAUUUCUGGACCAGGAUUCGAAUGAGUGCAUCGAUGAAUUAUCAGCGAAAAAAGUGCAGGAAGAAGAACGAACAGAACCGCGAAUAAUUUCUAAGGACGUAGAAGCUUCGAAGGAAAUGACGGACAACGGAAGCUCGAUCGACGUUCCUGUGAGAUUGAAAAGAGAGGAGAGGAUCACAACGAUGGAGGCCGUGCCAGGACCCUCGCGAAGCUCCGAUAAUUCCGAUCGUUCAGCACUUCAUGAGACCGAAACACAAUUCAACAGCGACGAGAAUGAAAACGACGAUGACGUUUGCAAUGUGACUUUCACGCAGUUUAUCGAAACACAAAAAAGUCAAGAAGACGCAACGUCUUUUAUGUGUUUGGAAGGGGAGAGGGAUGAAUUCAACAAAAAAAUAAUAAUUAUACCCAAAUUCAAACCGCCCAGUCGGGAGAGAGUGGUAGAAACGAUGGAACAAUACGGUAUAAAAAAAUUUCGUAAUCAAGAGCCUUUUUUUAGUGAAUCGGUGGAUGUGCCAAAGCAGAAAGAAUUGGCCCACAAGAUCCUCAGAGUCCCAGGAAAAGGUGUAGAAUUUUUACCCCAGUUCGUAUCUUCCCUCGAAGAGGUUACGGGAAUCGGACGUUGGCGAAAAAUGUGGCUCAACGAGUUUCAUCCUUCACUGGCUAGAACGAAAGAAUCGACUGUCAAAGUGGCCUUGGCGAGCAAUGGGAAAAUUCACAUAACUCCACUAGCGCACCCACCCUCCCAAAAACAAGUCAAAGAUUGGUUGAGAGCGCGAGAUUAUUUGAAUAAAAAAAAGGCGACAAAUGAGAAGCCGAAAAUCGAGGCAGAAAAGCAAACAGUCAGUGAAAUUCAGGGGCGAAGACAAUCCACUGGAAAUUUCGUAGCUUCGCCCCAACCAUCGCCAGAAAGAACACUCGUUUCUGAAGAUCUUGAAAAAACCGGCAAUACGACCUUAGUAAGCAAGUCGGCGCAAAGAGAUUUGUUGAAAAGUUGUGCAAAAGAUCCUGGAACAGGUUCACAAGUAUUGGAAAAUUCGAUUAAAGAAUCUUCAACAAAUUCAAGCAAUAGCGCUCCGGAUCCGUCCCUGUUGAACGUACUUCAAAAAUCACGUUUAUUUCGCGAUCAAGAAACCUCCAGACACUUGGGCAUUUCGUGCGGACAAAUUGAGUUUCUUUCCGAUUCUACCAGGAGCAAUGUUACCAAUGAAAAUCUGCAGAAAGCCAAAGCUUUAAUCAGGUACCAGUAUUUGACGAUAAUGUGCCUAGAAGUUCACGUUGUUACGCGAGGAGAUUUGUUACCCGAUGCUCAACACGACCCAAUAGCCGCGAUAUUUUAUUCAGUGCAAAACGACGUACCGCCCGAAUCGAGCAUUAAGCCACUCGAACACGGCGCUCUAGUCGUCGCUGAUUCCGAAAGAGCCACAAGAAAAAUGUAUUAUUCUUACGCGUCGAAUGUGCCCUGGAAAAUUUCUUUCGUCAACAAUGAAGAAGCUCUGCUGAACGCUCUCGUCACAUUGAUAACGCGGACUGAUCCUGAGAUCCUCAUAGGAUGGGAAAUUGAGGUGCUAUCCUGGGGCUACGUUUUUCAACGAGCUUCGUCCUUAGGAAUGAAUCUUCUCAAAAGGGUCUCGAGAAUUCCUGCGACCCAAUACAAGUGGGAAUAUGAGGCUCCUGAUAUCGAGAAACUCGCCGAAGUCAAAUUACCCGGUCGCAUAGUUCUCGAUAUAUGGAGGUUAAUGCGACGCGAAGCAGCUCUUCUGAGUUACACUUUUGAGAACGUAAUGCACCACGUUCUAAACGAACGAAUUCCAUGCCCUUCGUUCAAAGUUCUCACGGAUUGGUGGAAUCUCGAAAACCACCCUCGUCCUUCUCGGUGGCGCGUCGUCGAACAUUACGGUAUUCGCGUAUUGGGAGUUCUUCGCAUGCUCGAUCAGCUGGACAUGAUUGGACGCACCAGUGAAUUAGCGCGUCUCUUUGGAAUUCAGUUUUUCGAAGUUUUUUCACGUGGCUCUCAGUUUCGCGUUGAAUCGGUGAUGCUCAGAUUGGCAAAACCUUUGAAUUACAUCGCUGUUUCACCCUCGGCCCAACAACGCGCAUCCAUGAGAGCUAUGGAAGCUUUGCCACUUAUUUUGGAGCCGGAAUCCAUGCUGUACAGCGAUCCUCUUAUCGUUCUCGACUUUCAAAGCUUGUAUCCGAGUAUUAUUAUUGCAUACAAUAUAUGUUUCUCUACUUGCCUCGGUCGAAUUGAACACAUUGGACAACCACAGCCUUUCGAAUUUGGAGCUUACACUCUCCGCGUACCAAAGAAAACAGCCCAGAAACUCCACGGCAAAGUAAAUUAUGCGCCCUGUGGCGUGGCCUUCGUCAAACCGGAAGUCCGCCUGGGGAUAUUGCCGAGAAUGUUGACUGAAAUUCUGGAGACUCGUUUUAUGGUGAAAAAAGCAAUGAAGGAUCAUGAUAAGAAUGACAAAACUCUCCAGCGAGCCCUACACUCCAGACAAAUGGGUCUAAAGUUUCUUGCAAAUGUGACCUAUGGGUACACCGCGGCGAAUUUCAGUGGAAGGAUGCCGUGCAUCGAGGUGGGGGACAGUGUCAUAAGCAAAUCCAAAGAAACUCUUGAACGUGCGAUAAAACUUGUCGAAGCGACACCAAAAUGGGGAGCCCGUGUCGUUUACGGCGAUACGGAUUCGCUUUUCAUUCUCGUCCCCGGAAAAUCGAAAGACGAAGCCUUUGUCAUUGGCAAUGAAAUUGCCGACGCUGUAACUGCCUCCAAUCCUCCACCGAUAAAGCUCAAAUUCGAAAAAGUAUUAUAUCCUGCAAUCCUGCAGACGAAAAAACGAUAUUGCGGAUUCAUGUACGAGACGCCGGACCAAAAAACUCCAACUUAUUUGGCGAAGGGCAUCGAAACAGUGCGGAGAGACGGAUGCCCAGCAGUUUCAAAGAUACUUGAAAAAACCUUGAGAAUACUGUUUGAAACCAAGGACGUGAGUCUCGUUAAGAAAUACGUAACGAGACAAUUGGACAAAGUUUUGCGCGGCAAAGUUUCCAUUCAAGAUUUAACAUUCGCGAAGGAGUUCAGAGGCUUGAAGGGUUACAAGGCGAAAGCGUGUGUACCAACGCUCGAACUUACUCGUCGUCUCAUGCGGAAAGAUCCACGUGCCGUGCCUCGAACGAGCGAACGCGUUCGUUAUGUCAUCGUUGCUGGAGCGCCCAAUCAAGCUCUCAUUCAUUGCGUACGAAGCCCUUGGGAAUUAAUGCGUGAUCCUGGCUUGAGACCAAAUGCCAUUUACUAUGUGACCCGAGUCAUCAUUCCUCCGCUCAAUCGAUGUCUCAAUCUCAUGGGCGUCGAUGUCCAUGAAUGGUACAAAGAAAUGCCCCAUAGACAAAUUCUCGAUAAUCCAGUUGGUCAGCCAAGUGACAAACAGAAACUUACAAUUUUCCAAUACUUCGGUACGAUCGUUUGCGUCGCUUGUGGCCUACCGUCGAACAAAGGCAUCUGCACAAAAUGUCUCAAACGUCCUGCGGAUACUCUAGUCGCGAUCCAUGAAAAACUCAGAUGGCUGGAUCGCACCAAUAAUCACGUGACCGCAAUUUGUCAAUCAUGCGUUGGGCAAGGAGACGCGGCCGAUUGCGGAUCCUUGGAUUGUCCGGUUCUUUAUCGACGAGCACAGGCUGAGCGUGAGUUGAGUCAAGCGAUUCAGCUGCAGGAAAUCAUAAGAUGUGGCAACAAUCUUGAAUUCUAAAGCUCGAAGAAUAUCGGUUGUUUCUUAUAUAAUUUUUGUGUCGAUACGAAUGUAUUUGUUAUUUUUCAUAAAACGAGUGAAUAUCUGUCGAGCAAGAGGAUAACUGAGGAAAAGGCUCAACGAAUAUAGCAGGGUGAGGUAAUACGAGAACUCCAUGACCCAGUUUGUUGAUGUAAGAAAAUAAGUUUUUACGAACGUUUAUAGAAAAGAAAAUUGUAAAAAUAGAAAGAUGCAGAGACAAGUGGCGUAAUCGUUGGUUGGAACGUGCGGCUUUUAUCACGAAGCUGUAUUUAAUAGAAUUCAUAAUAAUAAUUUUUUUAAACUGAACGAAAGCAUAGUAUUAUUUUUCGAUAAAUUGAUGCUUCGAUAAAUCGAUGCAAUUUUUUGAUGAUACGAUGUGAAAUUAUAUACACAAAAACACACUUAUAUAAAUAUAUAUUUACAUAUAUAUUUCAUACGCGUGAUGUACAGAGCUUACGAAAAACAGAAAGAAACGAAGUUGAUAUAUAUUUUUGCUCAUAUUCCCAGAAUACAAAGAAUAACAACCGAAUUUCUUUCUUUUUUUCGUCCAAGUUUCCAAUAACUACGAGCACCAAGCUGCGUGUUACAUCAAUUAUCACACAACGUGUCCGCGAUCAAACUGAACAAGUACAACCUCGCGCAUCUUCUAAAUAGCUUAUCGAGCAAACGAUUAUGUAAUGUCUACCUUUACGAACGACUAAUCGAUGCGAAAACCAUUAAAUAUGCUAGAGGGAAAAGGUAAAGGGACAAAAGUAUAUAUCUCGAAAGUCUCGUUCAAUUCUUCACGAUCCAAUCCAGUUAAGAUCUUCCUUUACGGAUACGUUCCGCGUGUCUUAUUAAUUUUAAUGCACUAGAAAAUCUAGAAAAUAAAUAUAACCGUAUUAAGGUGUAAAUAUUUCAUAGUGAAACUCCAAAAAUUUUGGAAUUCAUUGUAAGUUUAAUUGUAACAAAUAUUUUGUCGACGAAACAAAUGCCAUUCAUUAGUUUUUUUUUCUUGCCUCUCCAGUGCUGGUUGCCAUUCGAACCAUUGACUAAAUCAUCACAUUUUAUGCACGGAGUAUUUUUAUCAUACGAACCAGUGAUUCGAUCAUUUUGUUAUAAUUAUGAUUUAUUUUUUUUGGCCACGAUAUUAUUCGUGUGAUUGAAAUUGAUUGAAAAAAGGAUUUCUCGAUCCGCCGGCGGUAUGAGGAAUGACGAAUGCGUCGUAGCGAAACGAUCUGUGAAGUAGAAAAAUCAUAUUUCUUGUUCAUUUUUCAUAUUAUGUCCGCGCUGUACAUUUCGUAAGAGAAAGACUAUUACGACUAUGUUCGAUCGAAAGGAAAAAUACAUUUAAACGCUGCUUUUUUUCAAUAAUCCUUCCACCACAUUCUUACACAUUAGUAGAGAAAGAGAUCGAGUUAAGUGAUCCAAAGUAUUGAUUAUAAGAUGGCCUGUGGAGUCGAGAGACUAAAAAAUUUUCCAUCGUAAGAGUCGUUCGUCAUAAUUAUUUGAUUCAUUAUUUUUAAACGAGCGUGAUCUUUCGAAUGCUCGAUAAAUCUUGGCAUUUAUCGACACAAAUUUGGGAGCAAAAAUUACAUUUUAAUUUAUAUAAAGAUAAACAAAUUGCUCGUACACAGUCGUGUCUCGGGCUAAACGUUGUUAGUUGAUCAAAAUUCCUCGAAUUACUCGAAAAAGUUUGUACAUAUAGGUACGAAAAUUGUCGAGGGAGGAGUGACAUAAAAUAAUAAUAAUAAUAAUAAUAAAAUCAAUGAAAAUAAGUAUUCAUCCAAAAACGUUUGUAUUAUAAAAUGCGUUACAAAAAAUUAUCGUUGUUACCAAAAUGGGACGAAAUCGUUGCGACCGUCUCUUGAGAAUGUGUUACGUGUGUGAUAUACGUAGAGUACGCGGUCUAGUGAAGCACUUAAUUAAAUACGCCGGUUACAUGUACAUAAACAUAAAUAUAUGCAAGAUGUUUUGGGUUUAAUGCUUAAUAAUUUAAACACAAAUUUAAAAUCAAAUUUGGAUUAAAUACCGUUUUUGUAGAAUGACCUUUUGACGGAGUCGUCUAUCACCCAAGUUAAUAAAUUGAAUCUUUUCGUGAAUUGUGAUCUGAACGGUUCAAAAUGGAGCAAAAACGUGCAGAAUCGAUUCUAUAAACAAUUAAAGUACCUAUAAAAAGCGAUUUGUGGUUUCUUCCUACUUAGUGAAAUGGAAAUAAAUUUCAAAACUACUCAGCAUUUGUGCUUGAGGAUAGAAAAUCAUUUUUCUUCGAUCCCGUAUGUCUAUGAAAGUGAAUUCAAAGCUCCAUUUCUGAUUGUUCGAAAAGUGUGUGCAAUGAUGGAAAAUAAUCAGUACUGAAUGAAAAAACUGAAAAAAUUAUUGAGGUAUUGCAAGAAAAUUUGAUAAAAAAUGCUACUGAAAUUUUCAAUUUUCCCAGUUUAAAUUAUUCAUCAUUCAACCUGAAACACCAUGAUGAUAUACAAAUUCAUAAAUAUAUAUGUUAUGUUACAUCAUUAUUAGUUUCGAUUAAACUUACACGAUUGAAAGACUGCUGUAAAUCAUCUCUAAUGCACGUUGCAACAUUCAACAAUUCGUAUUUAAAAUAAAAAAAAUGGAACUAUGAAUUUUGAAACUACAUGCGUACACUCAAUGUGUAUUUUUCUACAGGGAACAUCUGCGUUCCAAGGAAAAUAUCUGACAGUUUUUUUUUUCACUCAAUAAUUAUCCUAUGAAUUUGACAAGAUUUGAAUUUCAUUUUCCAAUUCUUCCCACUACUAAUUAAAUCAUAAAAUAAUAUAUUAUUUUUUUAAUAUACCCAAAUUUUUGCAAAUCCAUUUUAUGAAUAAUUAUCAGCAAACUUAUCUCUGAAUAUAGGAAAAUUCAGUUUUGCACGUUCAGAAAAAUUAGUUUUUUGCUCUGUCAAUUAUUGUAACAAAUAUUUAUCGAUGAAUAGGGGUGAAUAAAAUGGACGAUUUUUUUUACGCAUA